AUGAGUGUGCAGAUUAAAAAGCCUUUCUUUGGCUUUACAGGAGGAUGGCUCACUUUCUGGGUGACGGUUGCAUGUGCAACAGAUAUGUCCUUGUUUGGGUAUGACCAAGGCGUUUUCAGUGGUGUGGUGAUCACACAGAACUUUCUCGAAGUUCAUGACUUGGUCGGGCCUACGAAAACUAGAACCCUUUCCACAGUGACUGCUAUAUACGAUGUUGGCUGUUUUAUUGGCGCGAUUGUCGCUUUCACCAUUGGAGAAGCCUUGGGGCGGAAAAAAUCGAUCAUAGUUGGGACAAUAAUUAUGGCUGUCGGUACUAUCCUGCAGGCAAGCUCGUUCAGUCUGGAACAAAUGUUUGUUGGACGAGUUGUGUUGGGGAUAGGAAAUGGCAUUAACACUGCUACGGCGCCUAUUUGGCAAACAGAGACUUCACAGGCAAAAUGGCGUGGCAAGCUCGUGGUGUUUGAGAUGAUGAUGAAUAUCGCUGGGUUCUGCCUCGUCAACUGGAUCAAUUACGGAUUCUCUUUUGUCGGUGGCUCUGUUGCCUGGCGGUUUCCACUCGCUUUCCAAUUUGUUUUUCUCUUCGUUCUCAUGGGCACUACGCCGUGGCUACCAGAAUCUCCUAGGUGGCUUCUUGCACAUGGAAGGGAAGACGAAGCGAUUGAGGUACUCAGUUGUCUGGAAGCGAAGUCGGCUGAUGACCCCUUCAUCGUUAUGCAGUGCCGCGAAAUCAAUUUCAGCGUCCGAUACGAGCGUGAAAAUGCAGUGCGGUGGAGAGAUUUGCUGAAGAAAAAGGCAAAUGCUACCAAGACCCUUCGAAGGCUCAUUCUUGGUGCUGGAAGUCAAUUCAUGCAACAGUUCGGAGGCAUCAACAUCAUGUCCUAUUAUUUACCGACGGUGCUUAUCAACUCCGUUGGUCUCUCUGAUAAGCUGGCUCGCUUACUAUCUGCGUGCAAUGCUGUAUCGUAUCUGGUGUUUUCUGGCCUUGCUGUCUUGCUUGUUGAGAGGCUAGGGCGCCGAGGACUGAUGAUGAUUUCAACGUUCGGCCAGUUCGUUUGUUUCUUAGUUAUCAGCAUAUUGUUGUGCUACUCUGAGACGAGUACUGAUGGACAGAAAUAUGCAUCGGCAUCGGUCGCAUUUUUCUUCCUCUAUUAUGGUGCCUUUGGCAUAGGAAUGCUUGGUAUCCCUUGGUUGUAUCCGACUGAAAUCAACUCUUUGCCGAUGAGAACCAAGGGAGCAGCAGUUGCAACUGCUAUGGACUGGAUUACGAAUUUUGUCAUUGUCGAAGUUACUCCAAUUGGAAUCCAGAGUUUACGUUGGAAAUUCUGGCUCGUUUGGACUGCGACCAAUGCUGCCUUCUUGCCAAUCCUUUACUUCUUCUAUCCCGAAACAGCGAACCGAAGCCUUGAAGACAUGGACGCAUAUUAUAGAUCUAAUCCAUCUUUAAUCGUCACCAAGGACCCGGAUGCCAUCUCCCGAAAGCGCCCAUUAAAAUAUAUCACUCAUGAAGCCCAGGCUAUUGAGAAGACUGCGGCGGGCUUGAGCUACUCAUCAGAGGGGAUGGCGACCCAUGUGGAGAAACUCGAUGAAGAGACUGGCAAGAAUUGA